ACAGAAAAUCAGAAUAAAAAUAUACGAAUUAGCGGACAGAUCAGGUAAUACCAUCUAGUUUUUCACAUUUCGCAGGAACGCAAGUUUCAGCGUCGGAAGGGAAAAGAGACUAACUGCACAGUGCACACCCAGGCUUUUUUUACCAUUGCCCUUUUCCUCCCUUCUUCUUUUGGUUAAAUGAACUUCUUUUUGAAUUUUUUAUGUUCAUUUUGAAUACUGGUCGGCAUUUUUUAAUUGGAAAAUAUAGCUUCAAGAUUACGCUUGGAAAAAGUUACAUUUCGGUUCUGUUUUGUUCUGGUUGGCCAUUGCCAUCAUCACUCACAGUGUCAUUUCAUUUUUAUAUAUAAACAUCAGAACUCACCUUCUCCUUUUUCCUAAAUUCCUGAUCAUGAAAGCGCUGCUGAAGCGGGUGAUUUCAUCAACUGCUGAGGUGUGAGCCAGUUGUGACUGUUAGUUUGAGUGUAAAUGGCGGAAGUGGACUCGUGGAGAGAUGAGUUCUCCAGUCUUCUGGACAGCUCCGGCGUGCGUUAUACUGGAGAUCCAGUGGAAUCCUCCACGCCGUCGUUUGAGGUGAGAAGAUCAGAGUAUGUGCCCCGUGAAUCGCUGACAGUUGAAUCGGAGGGAUCAGCAGAGAGCUUCAAGGAUCAGGCCGUGGGAUUUGUGAUGGCUUGGUGUGAGAUACUUACGGAAUUUGGUAGAGGUUGUAGGGACAUUGUGCAGCAGAAUUUCUUGAACGAAAACUCAUAUGUACUGAGAAAGCUCCGAGGGCCUUGUGCCAAGGCUUCAGAGAGAUUAAGGUUUCUGAAUGAUUUUUUGCCCGAGGAUCGGGAUCCGUUUCAAGCUUGGUCGGUCGUGUUCUUCGUUUUCAUUCUUGCACUUGCAGCUAUUAGUGUAGAUCCCAACGGUGACUCUGUAGCCCCAGUGGUAAAGGUGCGCGUGCAUCCUCCUAGUGCUAGGCGCAUACUUCUUCCUGAUGGUAGAUACAUGGCUUAUGACGAGCAAGGUGUUCCUGCUGAAAACUCUAGAUUUUCCCUUGUUGCUCCACAUGCUUUUCUUUCGUCCAGGCUGGCAGGUAUACCUGGGGUUAAAUCUUCUCUUCUUGAAGAGUAUGGCAUACGUUUAGUCACAUAUGAUCUUCCUGGUUUUGGGGAGAGUGAUCCUCAUCCCAAGAGAAAUCUUAACUCCUCGGCCAUGGAUUUGCUGCAUCUAGUCAAUGCUGUCAAUGUUAGUGACAAAUUCUGGGUUAUGUGCCACUCUAGCGGAUGCAUUCAUGCUUGGGCUUCACUCCGAUACAUUCCUGACAGAAUUGCAGGUGCAGCUAUGCUAGCUCCUAUGAUCAAUCCAUUUGAGCCACGUAUGACUCAGAAUGAGAUCAAAAGAACUUGGGAGAAGUGGCUGCCAAGGAGGAAGUUUAUGUAUUCAUUGGCACGUAGAUUUCCAAAGCUUCUCUCCUUUUUCUACCGGAAAAGCUUCUUGUCAGGAGAGCAUGAUAAGAUUGAUAAGCAGUUGUCCUUUUCACUGGGAAAGAAGGAUGAAAUUCUGAUAGAAGAGCCAGUAUUUGAAGAAUUUUGGCAGCGGAAUGUGGAGGAGUCAGUGCGCCAGGGGAACACACAGCCAUUUGUAGAGGAAGCUGUUCUGCAUGUGACAAACUGGGGAUUUGAUUUAACGGAGCUUCAGGUGCAUAAGAAGUGCCAAACAGGAGGCUUGCUUCUUUGGUUGAAGUCGAUGUACAGCCAAGUAGAAUGUGAAUUAGCAGGAUUUCUUGGCCCUAUAAACAUAUGGCAGGGAUUGGAUGAUAGGGUGGUUCCACCAUCAAUAGCAGAAUACAUUGGACGAGUUUUGCCGGAGGCAGUUAUCCAUAAGCUUCCAAAUGAAGGUCACUUGUCCUAUUUCUUCUUCUGUGAUGAAUGUCAUAGGCAGAUAUUCUCCACCCUUUUUGGAAACCCUCAAGGCCCGCUUGAAAAACAAGAGGAAACUGCAAUUGAGGAAGAUUUACCAGUUUUUGCUUCUGAUAUGGAAUGACUCGUGGCUACUCAUUCAUGCUUCCUUAGGCUGUGAUUGUAAAUACCACAGGCUGCUCCUCUGCUGGAUGGAGCUUGAAAGACGACAAUAUUCAUUACUAGUCCGAAAAUUUCGGGUCAUAAGAGCUUUUGGAGAUAGAGGUAAAGCAACAACACGUCACUAAGGUUGUUUUUUUUCCCACUUUUCCACACUACAUUGCAUCACUUAUCUCGUUUAGGAUGUUUUAUGGUAUCUACAUUAACUGAGCGGCAGAAGUCUGUCCAAUGGCUAACACUUUUAGGGGGGGGGGUCAUUUUCCCGCCUGGCUAAUUGGAUCCUCCGGAAAUGCUCGUUGCCUCUUGGUGCUUGACUGCAUGCCACAGAUGUCGCUGUAAAGCAUAUAAAAAUAAAACGAACGGGUUAUCCCACCCCCUAAAAUAUAAUUCGAUCUGAAUAUCUUAUUUUAGCUAAAGAUUUAUGAGGAUUAUGAUAUUUGUUGACAUUUGAAUUAAGGUAAAGUACAACGCUUUUACAAGA